UUCUUGCCCAUGCGCAGUGUUUGCGUCAUAACCACCAGGGCUGCCUUGCAUUGCGAUAGCAGAAGCAGUUAGCUUGUUAGCUUGUGUGCAUAUCCAGAAGAAGCCGGGAAUAUGUCGGAAAAGAAACAAACUGUGGAUUUGGGGCUUUUAGAGGAGGACGAUGAAUUUGAAGAAUUUCCAGCAGAAGAUUGGACAGGUUUGGAUGAGGAUGAAGACGCCCAUGUUUGGGAAGAUAACUGGGAUGAUGACAAUGUGGAGGAUGACUUCUCAAAUCAGCUGAGAGCUGAGCUUGAAAAACACGGCUACAAGAUGGAGACGUCGUAGCUUCCGAAGCAACUAUGAAAAUUCUAUUCUGGAUAUGGACUUCCAUGUUUGAAUAUUGUUAAUUCAUGUGUAGUGAGAACUUAAGUAGUUAACUUCUGCUGCUUUAUUUUGUAUUAAAAACACUGGUAAAAUAAAGUGUUUAAAAAUUGAA